AUGAACUUCUAUCCUUGCCCGCCAACCAUUACCGCAUCACUGUAUGUCCGAAUCCCCAAUGAAAUAAGAUGCAAAGAUCGUUCCACAGAAUGGCGUGGCGGUUUCAGCCGACCUUUCCAGAAUAUCUUCCUGGAGGGGCCAUUAUAUACCACAUCAGGUGACCUCUACGUUGUCGACAUUCCCUACGGUCGCAUUCUCCGCAUAUCGCCUACCAAGGAAGUCACAGUUGCAGCAGAAUGGGAUGGCGAACCAAACGGGCUCGCUGUCGACCCAGAAGGCAGGAUUGCUAUCGCCGACUACAAGCAAGGCAUCCUGACGUUCGAUCCUGUGACUGGAAACAUUUCAAAUCGAAUAACUAGGAGAAAUUUAGAACGCUUCAAGGGGCCGAAUGACCUCAUUUUCGACAAAGCAGGGAAUCUAUAUUUUACAGAUCAGGGUCAAACGGGAUUGACCGAUCCAACGGGUAGGGUCUAUCGGCUCUCGCCAGAUGGCAAGCUCGAUACUCUCGUCUCAAAUGGUGUAUCGCCGAACGGACUUGCCCUCUCCCGCGAUGAACGCUUUCUUUUCGUGGCUAUGACACGUGCGAACGCGGUCUGGCGAUUACCCCUGCAUGCAGAUGGCACUACCAGCAAAGUCGGCCUGUUUUACCAAGGAUUUGGUAACGUCGGGCCUGAUGGGCUAGUUGUCGAUGAAGAAGGCAGUCUAUUCGUCUGCGAUCCGGGGCUGGGAUCGGUGUUCGUCCUCAACGCGAAUGGCACACCGAAAGCUCGAAUAGUGUCGGGUAGUGAGGGCAUUAACUUGACGAAUUGCUGCUUUGGUGGAAAAGAUGGAAUGACGCUGUUCAUAACGGACAGUCUAGAAGGCAAUGUGCAAUACGUUGAGUGGCACUGCAGAGGGGCCACAGCGGUACCGAAGAUAGUUUCAAAAUAA